CUAGACAGUUCAUUCACAUCUGUGAACGGGUCACUUAAAACAUCAAAAUAAACCAUCUGGCUGCACAACUGUUUCUAAUUACUUCCCUGCCUAGACUGUAAACUUCGGGGUUUGGCACCGGCCUCCCUCCCAGAGUGCUGCCCAAAUCCCGCUCCCAGGCAGCUAAUCAGAGCCACUGCCGCACGGGGGGAGCAGCCCUGGAGCCGGGCUUGUCCAGCCUGCAGCUCUGUGCACUCUCGGCGGGCCUGUCCUGCCGGCUGUCCCGCUGCAGGAGCAGGGCAGCUUGCGCCAUGUACGCACAGCGGCUGCUGGGGCUGGUGCUGCUGCUGCUGGUCACCUCGCUGCCGGCCGGUGACCUCUCGCCGGCGGCCGGCCCCCUGUCCCUGCGGAGUGGUUUGGAUCGUCCUUCAUGCCGGCUGUCCCGAACUGAGUCAGAGCUCAGGUGCCGUGCUCCAGGGGGAAAGCUGUGCAGUGACAGGGGCAGAUGUGAGUGUGGAGUCUGCAUCUGCCAAGUGACUGAGUCUGGCAAAUACUAUGGUCCACUGUGUGAGUGCCAUGACUGGAUGUGCGAGACCUAUGAUGAGAAGAUCUGUGCAGGCCAUGGGAAGUGCGAUUGUGGGAAGUGCAAAUGUGAUGAAGGCUGGUAUGGUGAAGCUUGUCAGUAUCCAACUACUUGCAACCUUACACGGAAAAAAAGUAAUGAAAUGUGCAAGAAUUCUCAAGAUAUCAUCUGUUCUGGUGCAGGUACAUGUCACUGUGGCAGGUGUAAAUGUGCAAACUCAGAAGGAAAUGGACUUGUCUAUGGUAAAUUUUGUGAAUGCGAUGACAGAGAAUGCAUAGAUGAUGAGACAGAAGAGAUUUGUACAGGCCAUGGAAAGUGUUACUGUGGAAACUGUUACUGUGAGGCUGGUUGGCAUGGAGAUAAAUGUGAAUUCCAGUGUGACAUCACCCCCUGGGAGAUCAAGAAAAGAUGCACAUCUCCAGAUGGCAAAAUCUGCAGCAACAGAGGCACAUGUGUAUGUGGGGAAUGCACAUGCCAUGAUGUGGACCCCACAGGUGACUGGGGAGAUAUUCAUGGAGAUACUUGUGAGUGUGAUGAAAGAAACUGCAAAGCAGUGUAUGAUAGAUAUUCUGAUGACUUCUGUUCAGGUCAUGGACAGUGUAAUUGUGGAAGGUGUGACUGUAAAGAAGGAUGGACUGGGAAAAAGUGUGAACAUCCACAUUCUUGUCCAUUGUCACCUGAGGAGAGUGCUAAAAAAUGCCAAGGAAAUUCUAAUUUACCUUGCUCUGGAAGAGGGAGAUGUGAAUGUGGCCAAUGCACUUGUUUCCCUCCAGGAGACAACAGAGUUUAUGGCAAAAACUGUGAAUGUGAUGAUCGACAGUGUGAAAAUGUGGACGGCGAUGUCUGUGGAGGCCAUGGUAUCUGCUCAUGUGGCCGAUGCAUUUGCCAGGACGGGUGGUUUGGAAAGUUGUGCCAGCAUUCAAGGAAGUGCAACAUGACAGAGGAGGAGAGCAGAAGUCUCUGCGAGUCAGCAGAUGGCAUAUUAUGCUCGGGGAAGGGUUCCUGCCACUGUGGAAAGUGCAUUUGUUCACCACAGGAAUGGUACAUUUCGGGUGAUUUCUGUGAAUGCGAUGACAGAGACUGUGACAAACACGAAGGUCUCAUUUGCACAGGUAAUGGUGUUUGUAGCUGUGGAAACUGUGAGUGCUGGGAAGGAUGGAACGGAAAUGCUUGUGAAAUCUGGCUGGGAAAAGAAUACCCUUAACAAAGCCCAUCAAAGACUAAGAAGGUUUUUUGUUUGUUUUUCUUUAGGAUGCUAGAACAUUUCAUUUCAGAAGUACUCAGUAUGUGGGUGUGCAUGCAUGCACACGUACAUGGGUGUAAAAGCUUUAGAACACUCAUCUGAGGGCCUGCUCUGUAAAGAAAUGCAUAAGAGAACUAAAAGAAAAAAAAUUAAAAUUGCCUUGGGAGCUGGAGAGUCCAGGCUCUAAAAUGUGAAGUCAUAAAAUACUAUAAAGGCCCUGUGGAUCUUUCCAGAGUAUUUUGGUAAAUUCAGUGGGACCGAGACUACACCCAUAAUUCCUGUUUCUUGAGCAACCUUUGGAAAAGGUGCAAGAAAGCCUUUUUACUAAACAUUAUUUACUUGGUUGUCUCCUCCCUGUAUCAGUAUGCAACAACAGUACUCCUGUAGAAGUGCAGCACUAGUUGAACAUUUGCCAAAUGCUUAAUUUGAUUCAUUUUGUGGUGUUUCACAAAUACAUUGUUUGGUCCUUUUUUAUUUUCCAACAACAGUUUCUGAGUACAUACCAGCUCACAAAUUGAGAAAAGCUGUAAAGAAGUUUAUACAAAUAUUAAUGAUUUUUUUAUUUGGUCAAAAAAUUGUACUCAGAUAACUGAGGUCCAAUUACCUGACAGCCAUAGAAUGAAGACCCAAGGUGUUGGAACAGACCCUUGUCCAUAAGAGAACUUCUUAGUUUCUACAGUUAAUGUGUCAAUAAGUUGAUUAUAUAGUCUACAUAUUACAAUACUUUCAAAUACAUAAUCUAUAGGAGUAUAAGGAACAAAAUUAAUAAAUAUAUAAACAUAUGAUUACCUAUUCUGAAUAUGUAUCCUGCAACUCAUAUGUACUUUUAUCAUAAUGUUCUAUGUAUGUACAGUUGCCUCUUAAAAGUAAAGCAAAUGAAAAUUUGUUAUACCAGUAACUUUUAGGAUGACAAUUCUGUAUGCUAUUAGAAAUCACUGUUUGGAACAGAUUGCACUGUCCCACAUGGUAUUCAUUGAAUCUAACUGAUUUUAUAGAAGUAGGGAGCCUGAAGGUCAACUGACUUAAAAAGUCAGCUAUGGUAUUUAGUAGCCGGGUUUCAGCCAAAGAUGUUCAGACAAUAGCAACAAAGUAAUUAAAGUUUUAAUCCAGUAAAUGCAAACAAAGCAGUGGUAUGACCAAAAAUUUUAUUUUCCAAUGGUGAAAUGCUGCUCAGUGUGAAAUUCACAUUGAGUUAUGAACGAUGCACAACUAUUGGGACUUCCCUAACUUAUUUACAUAUGAGUCUCUUUUUUCAGGUUUUUUUUUUUUUUUUACAUGUAGAUUUGGCAGCCCUUGAAUUCUUUAGAGCAAAAAAAGAUACAGACAUUUUAGGUUCAGAAGUGUUUACAUUUUGUGAAACCAUGAUUGAGCAAGAAAUUGUUUAAAUGGUUGGACAAUAUUUCUUUUUAAUACCAAACUAUAACAUUGUGGUUUUAGAUGCCAAGGUCCUGAUUUUUGAAGAGGUACAUGACUCAGCAAUAAGGGAACUAUAUAUCAACAAAAAAAGGAAUUUCCAUGAUUAGCCUAGAAAUUACAUUUGUUUUAAAAAGGACAAUUUUGAAACAGGAAAGUACAAUGGUACAGGACAUGUAAUAGAAUGCAAAAAUUUUAAAUGAACUUAUUAUUUCCCCUUCCCUUGUAGUUUUCCCUUUUUAAUCCAUUUUUUUUUAAUUUUACUUGUAUUCUUUCUUUUUAAAGUUUAAGUUUAUGAAGCACAUAUUCUCAGGGAGUAUAAUCACCAAACAUCAAUGCAUAACUUCUAGAAAAGCUAUGCGGAUAACUAAUGAGAUAUACAUCCCAAAGCUGUUAGCUGCUCUCUUCUUAAGUUAUCAAAUUAUCAGGCAGAGUUCUAAAAUGUAUUGAUACAGUAUAAAGAACCUUCAAAGUCAAAUUCAUCUUGAAAUUAUAGAGCUUAACAGGAAUACUUUCCUAGAUUUUAACAUGUAUGCAUUUAGUCAACCCUGGUGUGUGGAGAGCACAGAUUGUUGGUUUUAUUUAUAUUUAUGAAUAUCGCUGACCUUAAUCAUCUCAUAAUCAGUGUUUUUUCCACAUAUACAUUCAUCUGCUGAAUUGGAGUAUAAAUAAUGAAAGAUACAAAGUUUUCCUUGAUUUCCUUCCAUUUGUAUUUAGUAUUGUAAUAAGAAAAUAGCAGAUAAUCAAAACUCUCUCUAGGUUCAGUAGAUGCCUUUUAAUGGUUUCAUGGCAUGGUAAGCAGAUUUAUAUAUCCCAUAGAUCAGCCAUGGUAUUUCAGGUAUUCAUAUGCAUAAGAACAAUUCUUUAGAGGGUUGCAAUGUCAUAUUUGAUGCAUUUUACUUUGUAUUUUGCUUUAAAUUUAUAUACUUAAAGAGUGUAAGGUUAUUCUAUUUCUAGUUAGAUUUAUUUCAUUUUUUUUUUAACCCAAUCAGCUCCAGUAUUUUGGCUACUGGAUGGAUUAUGUAGCCACAGCAUUUCAGAAAAUGUUAUCCAACUCAUUUGUUAAAGUACAUAUACAAAAAAUAGUAGAAUAUUCUAAGACAGCUACUGUCAGUGGUUUGUUAAAAUGUAAAUUAGCAAACAAAAUGGUGCUAUCGCUAUAAACCUUGAAGUAUAACUAAGACUACCAAAAAUAUAAGGUAUGCAUAAAUUCCAAUUUUUAUUCUGUUUCUUGUAACGUUGCUUGAACAUUCCCCCCACUCUUCCUGCUAAGGUAGCUGGUGAUGUAACUCCCAGCAGAUCUGUUUUGUGGCUCAUUUGCUUGCUAAAAAAUGAGAUCAGAAGGAACAGGAUUAUUAUUCCACGUAUGUGAAAAUAAUAGCUGUAUUAAUAAAUUGUGAUUUUGCACCUCAUUCCCUGUGAUGGGAAUUCCAGAUACAUAAGCUGUAAAAGCAAGAAGAGGUAUAAGGGAUUGGAACAUAAUGCUCAAUUCUUCAUACCCAGUGACUGUAAAAAAUUGCUUUUAGGCCUGUGGCAAAAGGCAAAAUACGACAAAACCAAAUUGGAUGCAUUUUGUACUGGCUGGAUUUAUAAACCUUAUAAACAAAAGACACUAUACUCUUUCUUUCUUAUUAUGAAAGAAAGAGCACAAUCCAGAAGUGUGCUGAAUGCUUCUGCAAUCAACUUGCAGGAUUAUGCCUACUGUAUAUAAUAUAUCUAUAAUAUCACCUAUAAACCAGCUGUGGACUAAUUUCCUUCUAUAAAUUAGUGACCUACUUGUGACCCUUUUUUCACUUUGUAGCUAAAUGAUACCGGCAUGAAGAAAGCUAAGUUGAAUAUUUUUGUGGCUAAGUAACAGAAGAAAAAUUUUAUUAUAUCUUUAAAAAUAAGUCAUGGCAUUUGCAUUAGUCAUCACAAAACCCCCUUGUUACUAGAGAUUUUAAAAAGCAUUGCAGAGAAUAGGAGUUUAUCUAAGGGGGCUUUUAAAAGAAAGAUAAUCUCCUUACUUAGUCUAAUUUUACUUGCAUUCCCAUUUGAAUAGAGCCGAAUAAUUUCUUCUUUAUGCCAACAAACGGAUGGAUCAGCAAGACAGAUGCACUUUUAAUGCAUGGACCAAACUGCCUGCUUUCAUACCUCACUGCUUACACUGGUUUUCAACCAAGAUCGAAAGGUUCCCAGUAUAUAUAGAAAAAGUCAGAGUUCUUAGUUGUUUCAGGUAUAUACCAUUGUCAAACUGAACUGCUUUAUAUUCUGAGGGGAGGUGUGUGUAGGGAGGCUGUUAAGAACCAACCUGACUCUACGCAAGUUAAAGUUUAUGAAAAUGACAGUAUAUUAAAAAAUUAUUUGAGAGUGGCUAAACCCCCCAGGAAAUUAAGCAAAAGUAGUGUUAUGUGAACUAAAAAGCACUUAAAAGCUAUAGACACCUUUCCAGAGGCCCUAUCAUAUGAACAAUCUCAUAAGGAUUCUUGUGUAUUUAUAAAAUCUUUGAAGUGCAACAAACCCGUGCUUUGUUGAAGUAGUUCCUAUCUGCUUAAAACUGGACGUCUAAAUCUGUGCACGUGUGACUGACUUUGCCAAAUAGAACUGUAGCUGAAAUACAGGUUAAGAAAAUAGGAAAGACAGAAUGACUAGGUGCAGUGUUGUUAACAUAUGCAAUGGUAAGAUGAGGUUGGAUUGCUGUGCAAACAGUCUCUCAGAGAUUAGAUAAAACCUAGAAGAACAAAAUACAAAGCAAGCAUGCAAAAGAUCUGGAACGCUGCAGAUUCACAGACAGCUGGACAUGUUAAGUACAAAAACCCCAGUCUGUAAAUACAAAUUGAUUCCAUCAGGUUUACUAUACAGUACUUUAGUAGUAACAGACAGUUGAAAAUAGCUUUCACUUAACAGCAAAAUUAAUUUUAGAGGGAAGAAAAUGGUGAAGUCUCAUCCUGGAGAACAGCAAGAGAGGUAUUAUAUUAAGGAGCUAAAAUUUUCUUUGGCAUGGUAAAAGGGGAGAACUGAGUUUGCCAACCUAUUUACAUGAAGUUUCACCAUCCUGUGGCCAGUGCAAUGAUGUUUUGCACGCUCUACUUCUUACAUAAACUUUUUUAUUGUUUUCUGGUAUGCCUUCAUAUAAAUGUUUUAUUCAUCAAGUUGAAUCUGUGUAUACAACAAAUAAGAAUAAACACAAAUUGUACAAUGCAGACAAACUCUUUGCAUAAAUGUAUGUAAAUUUAGAAAUACUGACCAACAGACCUUUGACAGACACAACCUACUACAUGCAGUUCAUCUUUGCCAUCUUCCCAUGCAACAUAUGAAACAAGACAAAAUUAAAGGGAGGAAACAAAGCACAAGGACUCCUUUGCCAUGUUUAAACAGAUUGUAGAAAAAAUAUUUUUAGAACAUCUAUUCAGUGGAUUAAACUCACAUAUGGAUUUAGCCCAUAGAAACAAAAAUGGAAAA